CUCCCAGCUCAAGUACAGAAGCCCAGUCAGAAUAAGCAGGCUACAAACCUCAAAUAGCAUUCAGUUUACUGACCAGAGCUUUGUGUUUUCCAGAGGGGCUAAACUUUGUGUUGUGAAAACAAAGCGAAAAGCAAAGCAGAGUCAGACUGUCACACAGGAAUACGUCAUUACACCCCACGCCCUGCCCAUGUUCCGGGAACCCAGGCAGAAGAGCACCAGGAAACAGUUGGAGAAAGAUCGUCUUGAUCCUGUGAAAUCCCACAAGCCGGAACCUCCAGUAUCUGGACCAGGGCGUGGUGGGCGUGUUGGUACUCAUGGUGGAACAUUAUCAUCAUUUAUCGUGAAGAAUAUUGCUCUGGAUAAAACAGAUGACAGCAACCCGCGUGAAGCUAUCUUACGCCAUGCAAAAGAAGCCGAACAAAAUCCAUACUGGGUGGCUCCAGCCUAUGUGAAGACCCAGCCACAUGCUGUGUUUGCAACCCCAGAGGCUGAGGAAGAGGUGGAGGAUGAUGAGCCUGAGUGGAAGAAGCGCAAACUAUGAGCACAAUGUGAACCUUGGACUUUUGGCCAGUGAGGUGGCUGCAACCAUGACCGGUUUCACAUCUCUGUUACCAGUUUCUAUAUUUGGCACAGCAUCAGGACUUAUCGAGAUAUGAGUUGAGGGAGGUGGAUAGUGAACGAAUGAGUGUAGGAUAUUGAGAUAUUUUGGGUUAUAUUUGAUGAAGAGUGCGUUUUAUAGGGUUGGGUGAAUCAGUUGAUUUGGGAAAGGAUGGGGAACGAAGGAGAUUAAUAUACUGACUGCCUUUUUGUUUUGCCAAUGCUGUCACAUGUUCUGUUGUUAAACUUUUUCCCUUGUUCUGUUCUGAUUUAUGUUAAUAAAAUCUGAUGCUGGAUAAUUCAGCCUCUGAGCUUAAGUUAAAUAA